AUGUGUGCAAAGGAAUACCUAAUUUCAGACAAUGAUCGGAAAAUUCAUUAUGAAACAAGGGUCCAGGUGAGUAUCCAGGAAUGUGUUCAUUGCAUUCCUGAUUCAUAUUCAGAUUUGCAUUUGAGGAAAAUUCCUUCUCGGUCUGUCUGUCUGCCAUCAUCAUCAUCAGCAGCAGCAUCUAUCUACACAUUGGAAAAUCACAGUGAGAAUUCUCAGGCAGUGAUAGUUGGUUUCGUCAAUGGAGGUCGUAUUCCAGAGGACUGGAAGCAGGCAAUCAUUAUACCAUUCUACAAGAAAGGGAGGAGAGAUGACCCAGCUAACUACAGACCUAUAAGUCUCCUCAGCAUUAUAGGCAAAUUAUACACUAGCCAUUUACUGGACAAACUGAAAUGCUGGAUUGAACAAGAAGAUAUCCUUGUUUUGGAACAGGGGUCAUUUAGUAGAAAAAGAGAAUUUAUUCUCUUGGGCUUCUCUCAGAAUCCGAGGGUGCAGACCAUCCUCUUCCUCCUUUUCCUCACCAUUUACAUCAUAACGUGGCUGGGGAAUCUGACAAUCAUCAUUACCGUGAUUUUCAUGCCUCAGUUCCACACACCCAUGUACUUCCUUUUGGCCAACCUGGCUGUCAUAGAUAUCAGUGACUCCACAGUGACUGCAAUCAAAAUGCUGUGGGACCUCAUCACCCAUAGAAAUACAAUCUCCUACAGGUGGUGCAUUGCCCAAAUUUUCUUCUUCCAUUUUACUGGAGGAGCUGUGGCCUUUUUUCUAAUAGGAAUGGCUGUUGACAGAUACAUAGCGAUCUACAGACCACUGCAAUAUUUGCUUAUUAUGCAUCCAGGAGUAUGUGUUGGUUUGGUGGCAGGUGCUUGGUUGGGUGGCUUUGCCCACUCCAUUAUACAGGUAGCAUUAAUACUUCAGCUGCCCUUCUGUGGACCCAAUAUAUUGGACAAUUUCUUCUGUGAUGUCCCACAGCUCAUCAAACUGGCUUGUACAGAUGCAUACAUCACAGAGCUACUGAUGGUUUCGAACAGUGGAUUUCUUCUCACACUAAUCUUCUGUGUCUUACUAGUAUCAUACACUGUCAUUUUGAUAAAGAUCAGAACACAUAUCACAGAAGGGAAACACAAAGCCCUGUCUACAUGUGCUGCACAAAUCAUCGUUACGAGCUUAAUUUUUAUUCCAGGAAUGUUCAUAUAUGGCCGUCCUUUCCGGGUAUUUCCAGGUGACAAAAUAGCCUCUGUUUGCUAUACCCUUAUCACUCCAAUGUUAAAUCCAAUGAUCUUUACUCUGAGAAACAGAGAAAUGAAAGAUGCUGUUAGAAAACUGAUUAGGAAAAUGUUGUCAUUCCCAAUAAAAGAAUCAAAAUAA